AUGCCGUACUAUCCUACCGGAAAGGACCGCGAUUCGUACAUUUCAGGCGUACGUCCUGGUGGAAAGUUUGGUGCCCUCCAUGAUGUCAACAAGAGGCGCGACAACUUGCCGGGGCACGUCUUUGCCACCAUCCGUGACGAGGUGAUACAAGAGGAACGAUCGCGGCUAGUCGACGAGGAGGUACGAGCGCGGGUGCGGCUUUUGUUGGCCUCAGGUAAGCAGGGCAAGCGCAUGGCAGGCGGUGCCGUUGGGGAUGAGCAUCGUGAGAUUAAGCGCGUGGAAAAUAUCGAGUCGGUGAAUGCUCGCUACCGUGCGCUGUUGGAGCUCUACUCACAGGAGAUGGAGCAGUGGAAGGAAGAGUUGACACAACGGGGCCUGUCUGUGGAGAUGUAG